CACUUGAGAAGAGGCAGGGACAGACCCAGCAGCACAGGUUUGUUUGAGCGAGUAGGACAGACACUGUACUCCUGGGACCACUCAGCAUGCUGCAAGGGCUUCUUUUUACCACCGCUUUCCUCCUUUCUCCAGUUCCAGUAAGUGCUAUAAAAGAACUCCCAGGGGUAAAGAUGUAUGAAGUGGUUUAUCCCAGAAGACUUCAUCCACUACAUAAAAGAGAGGCAGAAAAUAUUAAGGAGCCAGAUCAACAGGAAAAGUUUGAAACUGAAUUGAAGUAUCAAAUGACAGUUAAUGGAAAAACUGUGGUGCUUUAUUUGAAAAAAAACAAGGAUCUCCUUGCACCAGGCUACACGGAAACACAUUAUAAUUCCACUGGAAAGGAGGUUACCACCAGCCCACAGAUAAUGGAUGAUUGUUAUUACCAAGGGCACAUCGUUAACGAAAAAGUUUCUGAUGCUAGCAUCAGCACAUGUAGGGGUCUAAGAGGCUACUUCAGUCAGGGAGAUCAAAGGUACUUCAUCGACCCUUUAAGCCCCACAAAUCAGGAUGGACAAGGGCAUGCACUCUUCAAGCAUGACCCUGAUGAAAAGAAGGCUAACAGCACCUGUGGGAUGGAUGAUGUAAUAUGGGCACAUGGAUCUCGGAAGAAUGCAGUCCCACCUGCCACCAGUCUGGUUAAAUCCAAUGACCAGAAGGUUCAGAAAAAUAAGAAAUACAUAGAAUAUUAUUUGGUCCUGGAUAAUGGUGAGUUUAAAAAGUACAAUAAAAAUCCAGAGGAAAUAAGAAAGAGAGUUUUUGAGAUGGCCAAUUACGUCAACAUGCUUUAUAAAAAACUUGAUACUCGUGUGGCCUUAGUUGGUAUGGAAAUCUGGACAGAUGAAGAUAAGAUAAAGAUAACUCCAAAUGCAAGCUUCACCCUGGAAAAUUUUUCUAAAUGGAGGGCGAGUGUCCUCCCAAGAAGAAAGCACCAUGAUAUUGCUCAGUUAAUCACGGCAACAGAACUUUCUGGAACGACCGUAGGCCUUGCUUUCAUGUCUACAAUGUGCUCUCCUUAUCAUUCUGUUGGCAUUGUUCAGGAUCACAGUGAUAACCUACUUAGAGUUGCAGGGACCAUGGCCCAUGAAAUGGGCCAUAACUUUGGAAUGUUUCAUGACUCCUAUGUUUGCAAGUGCCCUUCUACAAUAUGUGUAAUGGACAGAGCACUAAGCUUCCAUAUACCCACAGACUUCAGUUCCUGCAGCCGGGUCAGCUAUGACAAAUUCUUUGAAGACAGAUUAUCAAAUUGCCUCUCUAAUGUUCCAUUGCCUACAGAUAUCAUUUCAACCCCAAUCUGUGGGAACCACUUGAUAGAAAUGAGAGAGGAUUGUGAUUGUGGAACUCCCGAGGAAUGCACGAACAUUUGCUGUGAUGCUAAAACAUGUAAAAUCAAAGCAGGUUUUCAAUGUGCACUGGGAGAAUGCUGCGAAAGAUGCCAAGUUAAAGCAGCUGGUACUGUCUGCAGACCAGCAAAAGAUGAGUGCGACCUGCCCGAAAUGUGUGAUGGUAAAUCUGGUAAUUGCCCUAAUGAUAGAUUUCGAGUCAAUGGAUACCCUUGCCAGAAUGGAAAGGGCUACUGCUUGAUGGGAAUGUGCCCCACGCUGCAGGAGCAGUGUACCGAGAUGUGGGGACCAGGAACUGAGGUUGCAGAUAAGUCAUGUUACAGCAGGAAUGAAGGUGGGUCAAAGUACGGGUACUGUCGCAAAGUGGAUGACACACUCAUUCCCUGUAAAGCAAAUGAUGCCACAUGCGGGAAGUUGUUCUGUCAAGGUGGGUCAAAUUAUGUGCCCUGGAAAGGACGCAUAGUAACUUUUCUGACAUGUAAAACAUUCGAUCCUGAAGACACCUCUCAAGAAAUAGGCAUGGUGGCCAAUGGAACUAAAUGCGGAAGCAAGAAGGUUUGCAUUAAUGCAGAAUGUAUGGAUAUUGAGAAAGCCUACAAAUCGACCAAUUGCUCAUCUAAAUGCAAAGGACAUGCUGUGUGUGACCAUGAGCUCCAGUGUCAAUGUAAAGAAGGGUGGGCCCCACCCAACUGCGAUGACUCCACAGUGGUCUUCCACUUCUCCAUUGUGGUUGGGGUGCUGUUCCCAUUGGCAGUCAUAUUUGUGGUGGUUGCUAUAGUAAUCCGGCACCAAAGCACCAGAAGAAAGCAGAAGAAAGUUCCGAGGCCACUGUCCAACACUGGAGCCAGACCACACAAACAGAAGAGGAAACCCCAGAUGCCAAAAGCUGUUCAACCCCAGGAGAUGAGCCAGAUGAAGCUCCACAUGUCUGACCUGCCAGGAGAAGGCAAUGAGCCUGCAGCUUCUUUUCUACUUACAAAGCCGAAUUUUCCACCACCGCCAAUUCCUACAUCUGUAUCAUCUUCCUCUUUCCUUGGCUCAAAUCCAAAAGUCUGAAGCAACAGCUAAGCAAGAAUUGAUGAAUAAAUGAUCAAAUUAGAAGUCUGAACAAUCUAGUUUGAAGAGAAAUAUACUUACUUUCUUACUACUACUUGCUUUUGAUGCCCAAGGAGUUAACAUUUCUUGAUUCAUGUUAUAUUUUGAAGAGAUUGGAAAAAAAUUUUCAGGAGAGACAUACUCUUGAGAAACUGUCUAUGAAUAUAAGAUAUCUAUUCUCCAUACUCUUGGGCAAGAACAUGACUUUGAAGAAGCAGCUAUGAAGCUGAAACCUCUAAUUCACUAAUUUUCCACUCCAAUCUUUUUUUUUUGUUUUACUGUGAUGCUGACAAAUAUUUUCUCAAAUAUUUUGAACACUUUGAUUUUCUCAUUUUGGUAGAAAUUAAUCAACUCUGUAAUGAAAAACAAACCAAAAAAAAGCACAGGAAACUAGAUGAAGUAGGAGAAAUAUUGUACAUCUAUCAUUGAAUGAAUAGCAGCAUCUUGAUUGUUUUAACACUAACUUAUCGAACUAGAACCUUCAGUUUGGAAGAAAAUGAUGUAAGCAUUAUCUGUUUUAUAUAAAAUGUCUCCUCACAUUCUCUUGUAAUAAUGUCCUUAUUAACUAAAAAAAUGUUCUAUCAUAGAUAUUUACACAACUCAAUUACUGGCAAGGUUAGAGUGAACUUCUUUUCUAUAUAAAGAAAAUUUUAUUUAAAUAAAUAUUACAAAAGAGAGGUUGCAAACUGCUGACCUGCAGGUCAUGUCUGGACUGCAGAUGUAUUUCAUUUGGCCUAAAUGAUGUUGGCCACAUAGUCUUUUUAGAUGUUUUGAAUUUAUUGCCAAUAUUUAAAAAUUGGGAGUUCUUGCAUAAACUUUCAGAUUCCCAGCUUUUUAAAAGUAAUUAGAUAGUCUGUCAACACUGCAACCACAUUGUCUAAUAGCAACAAUCAGCUUAGCUGAGCGGUGGUGGAGCAAGCUCUGUUGGUUGCCUGCCAGAUAAUCGCCUUCUUCCUUGCUUUUCAGAACUCUUAUUAUGCUCAGGUAUAAAUCCUUUUUACUCUAAGAUAAUCAUAAUAAUCUCAUUUCCCUUACCAGUUGUUGAUUUGGAAGUAAGCAUAAUACCUCUUUUUUUGUCAGUGAAAUAAGAGAGGAGGUAUGUUGGAGAAUUUCUGGAAAAGAUUCCCUUGUCCUUUCUUCUGGAUGUUGGCAUCUGGUAAUGUUGCAGCUAUAUUGUGAUUAUGGGUAUGAGGGCAAAGUUGAUAUAAUGAAUAAGAUGGAGCAGAAAGAUGAAAAGAAUAAAAUCAGGUCCUUUAAUGAUGUCAUUGAACUGCUAGAUUAAUGAA